AUGAAAGAGGCUCAAGUCUGGUUCAAGGAAAGGUUUGUUCAACGAGAGAAGUUUCAGUUGCCUACGGCUGACUACAUGUUUGCUCAGCUCCGAGGUGCAAAUUACUUUUCAACUUUGAUGCAUCCUUUGGAUUUUGGCAGAUUUACUCGAUCACUGUUUGAGAUUACUUCAGGGCCAGAAGUAUUUCAUCGUGUAAUGCAAAAUAAUUUGGCUGGUCAGUCUGGUGCAGCAUUUUCAUUCUUUAGCACACUUAUGACCACAUAUAGUAAAUCCUACAUUCUAGAGUUUAAGCUACAAGUUCUGGCUAGUCUGGAUUGUAUCUCAGACUGUGAAUCGAAAGUUGAUUCAGCAAUGGCACCGUACGGUAUGAGGGAUCGUGUCGGUGGUCGUAUUGGUACAUUUCGUAAGGGACCAUACAUUGCAGAUCUUGGAGCAAUGGUUGUCACUGGAUUAGGUGGGAACCCUAUCUCAGUACUGGUUAAGCAAAUUGGAAUGGAGUUAUACAAGAUACGACAAAAGUGUCCUUUGUAUGAUAGUACAGGACAAUUGGUUCCAAAGAGCUCAGAUGAAAUGGUUGAGAAAGAGUUUAAUCGAUUAUUAGAAGCAUCUACAUAUCUUUCACAUGAACUUGACAUUAAUGAUAUUGAUGGAAUGCCUGUGUCACUAGGACAUGCCCUUGAACUCAUUAUAAAACUGCAGGAGAGACAGGUGAAAGAGAAACAGAUUAGCCAUUACAAGCAUGUGCUAUCAUUGCAUAACCAGUUGGCUAGUAUUAGGAAACAGCUGUCAGAGAGUGAACAGCUUAUCUGGGAUGCUUACACCAAGUAUGAAAGAGCCAAGAGUGUUUCAGAGCCUCGGAGUUUUGAAGAUGAAUUUGAGCAUCGUUGUUGUAAUCGUGAUCUUGUAGCACUUUUCAAGAAAUUUGAUGACCUGAUUGAACAGCAAGAUAAGGUUGAGCAUUUGUUGACAGAAGCUGAAUCGGACAGUCCAAGUGAUGUGUACUUGACAACAAAAGACCGACAAAUACUAGACUGGCACUUUGCUAAUCUUGAAUUUGCGAAUGCCACUUCAUUGAAAAAUUUGUCACUGAAACACUGGGAUCAGGAUGAUGACUUUGAGUUUGCAGGGAACCAUCUAACUGUUCGAAAUGGUUAUUCGUCACUGCCAAGCAGUUUGGCCGAAGGUCUUAACAUAAGACUGAAUACAGCUGUGAAGAAAGUUGUUUACAAGCCUUCAGAAGUGUUGGUGCAGACAGUAUCUACGGUGACAGGGAAAUCAGAGGCAUUUGAGGCUGAUGCUGUUCUUGUCACAGUUCCAUUGGGUGUGUUGAAGGCAUCUGCCAUCCAGUUUGACCCUCCUUUGCCUGAGUGGAAGAAAACAGUGAUACAUCGAAUGGGUUUUGGCAAUCUAAACAAGGUUGUGUUAUGUUUCGAUCGCUGUUUCUGGAACCCAAAGGUCAAUUUAUUUGGUCAUGUGGCCAGCACAACAGCCAGUCGUGGCGAGUUGUUUCUGUUUUGGAAUCUCUACAAAGCACCUGUACUGAUCACUCUUCUUGCUGGCGAUGCAGCUAAUCGAUCUGAGAGUAUGUCAGACCAAGUAAUUGUUGACAGAGCACUGCGGGUACUGAAAGGCAUGUUUGGGUCAUCAAAUGUUCCAGAGCCUCGUCACACACUGGUGACCCGUUGGAAGACAGAUGAAUGGACUCGAGGCUCUUAUUCGUAUGUUUCUGUUGGUUCAUCCGGAGUGGAUUAUGACAAAAUGGCUGAACCUGUGAAUGCUGAUCCUGCUGGCUCUGUACUUCCACAUCUGUUCUUUGCUGGAGAACACACUAUGAGAAACUACCCUGCUACUGUCCAUGGUGCUUUUCUUAGCGGCCUCCGUGAGGCAGCAAGAAUAGCUGACCAGUUUGUUGGAACUCCAUAUGCCUCAUCUGAAGUCAAGGGGAAAGACGUGUGACUGGUCGUGUCGCAUGGUUGAUUAGUGACAUUUUUUACUUGUACCUUUCUUUGAGUUAUAUGAAAGUUUGUUAACAGUAGUAUCUGCUAUCAAAACAAUACCACCUGACACUCCCC